AUGGGUGCCAUGCCCAUCGCCCCACAUCGCCGGCGCCCUUCCCACGCGCCCGUCGCCGUCGACCGCCUCACCUCGCCGACCCCUCGCGCCGGACUGCACUUUCCCCGCCUCUCCAUCACCGGCUCCACUGAGCCUCUCCGCGCCCCCCCCAAGACGCCGGCGCCCGUUCUUGGAGCUGCCCCGCCGCCGCUGCGCCUCGCGGCCUCGACGCGCCGGGCCCCAUCGCCGUCGUCUCCCCGCCUCGCCCCCGACACCCGCGGCGCCCUGAGGCCGUCGUCGCCGCGCGGAGCCCCCUAUCGCCGGACUGCCCCGUCGCUCUACGCCGUCGUCACCUCAACGUCGUCGCCUCGCCUCCUCAUCUCCUCCUCGUCGCCCGACCUGAGCCACGCCGGCCCCCUCCCCUUCAACGCUGUGAGCGAACCUCCCCCUCUCCUCAUCUGUGCCUCCCUUGCACACGCGCCCCCGCCGCCCCGUCCGGUCACCUCGCUCCGGUCGUGCUCCGUCGUACACCACGCCGCGCUGGUGCGCGCUCACCCGCGCCCCGCCCGCGCCAAGUCCUCGCCCGCGCAGACCCCUCCGCGGCCACCCGCACUACAGGCCGCGCCCGCGGGUGCCUCGCGCCCCAGCCACUGCCGUCCGCGGCCACCUCCACCCGCGCCCGACCUCGGCAACCGCCGCGCCUGCCUUACUCCUCGCACCGGCCGCGGCCUCGCCCAGCGCCGCCCUUGGCCGCCGGCGCCCUACUAUUGGCCUGGGCCCAGCCGGCCGGCCACCCACCCCCCACCGACCCCGAGCCCAUCGCCCCACAUCGCCGGCGCCCUUCCCACGCGCCCGUCGCCGUCGACCGCCUCACCUCGCCGACCCCUCGCGCCGGACUGCACCGCCCCCGCCUCUCCAUUACCGGCUCCACUGAGCCUCGCCGCGCCCCCUCCCCCCAAGACGCUGGCGCCCGUUCUUGGCGCUGCCCCGCCGCCACUGCGCCUCGCGGCCUCGACGCGCCGGGCCCCAUCGCCGUCGUCUCCCCGCCUCGCCCCCGACACCCGCGGCGCCCUGAGGCCGACGUCGCCGCGCGGAGCCCCCUGUCGCCGGACUGCCCCGUCGCCCUACGCCGUCGUCACCUCAACGUCGUCGCCUCGCCUCCUCAUCUCCUCCUCGUCGCCCGACCUGAGCCACGCCGGCCCCCUCCCCUUCAACGCUGUGAGCGAACCUCCCCCUCUCCUCAUCUGUGCCUCCCUUGCACACGCGCCCCCGCCGCCCCGUCCGGUCACCUCGCUCCGGUCGCGCUCCGUCGUACACCGCGCCGCGCUGGUGCGCGCUCACCCGCGCCCCGCCCGCGCCAAGUCCUCGCCUGCGCAGACCCCUCCGCGGCCACCCGCACCAAAGGCCGCGCCCGCGGGUGCCUCGCGCCCCAGCCAACGUCCGCGGCCACCUCCACCCGCGCCCGACCUCGGCAACCGCCGCGCCUGCCUUACUCCUCGCACCGGCCGCGACCUCGCCCAGCGCCGCCCUUGGCCGCCGGCGCCCUACUACUGGCCUGGGCAAGGGCCCCAAUGGGCUGGCGCCCGUCGCCCGUAUCCCCCUCGCCGUUCGGGCUGA